UUUUAACAUUAGAAACUAAGUUUGUAAAUAAUAAUAAGUCAAUACUACAUUCACCUGUACUUAGCGUUUGAACGUUCAUAAUGAUUUCUUCGCAACAUACGCUUAAUGAGGAGGAUGUCGAAUGCGCUAUCUGCUUGGAUAAAUGGCUUGAAAAAGAUUCUAGAGUGUUAGCCUGCCAACAUAUAUUCUGUUUAAAGUGCCUUAGACAAUUUGAAGAUAACGGAGCGAAUAUUUCGUGCUCAAUUUGUCGUACGGAAACGCCCAUUCCAAGCGGAGGAGUAGAGAAACUCCCUGAGAAAUUGAUAAAAAACUCUUCAAAAAAAGUUGAAAAUAAUACUAGACUUUGCUUAAAACAUGAAAGAGACGCUAUUCAACCAUACAUCUAUUGUAAAUGUUGCGAAACUAGCAAUCUAUGCGAAAUUUGUAUUGAAAACGAUCAUCUAAAUGAUAAUUGUGAAAUUUUACUGGAAAAAUCACUAAAUGAAAUUAAACAAUCAAUUGAAGAAUACAAAGAUAAUGAAAAAUUAAAUAUGCAAAAAUUAAUGGAUGAAAUUAGGGAAUUAGAAGAAGAUUGUUAUAAAAAGAUAACAGAAAGAUGCGGAGAGAUAAGAGGAAAGAUUAAAGAAUUUUAUCAAAGGAAAUAUACAGAUUAUGAUUAUUUAAAAUCAAGAGAAGAUAUUCUAACAAAACAAAACGAUUUAACUAAUCGAUUAAAAGAAUUGGAAAAGGAAAAAUUGAAUAUUCAUAAAACGGUUAAUAUAUCAAUUGAAUAUGAAUUCAACGUAAAUAUGUUAGAAGAUUCAGAAUUGAAGAAAAAGAAACUUGUUUGUCUUCGACAGUUUAAAAUACAAAAUUCAUUUCUGUAUUUUAAUGAAAGGGGAUACUAUUCCACAAAGAACGUUCACAAAAACAUGAGUAUUAUAUAUAAAACCUUUGAAGAUGGAAAGGAUAAUAAUGAAAUUCUUGUACAAGGUUUUAAACAAAGAUUUAUGACGGAUAGAUACUUUUUUGGAAUAGCUCAAAAUGAUGGACGAUUAUACGUUUCCCCAACAAAUAGCCUCGAUAAAUUACAAUGUUUAAGAGUAAAUGAAUGCUAUCUAACGUAUAGAUCAAUAUGGGCUGUUGGAGAAGAUCUUUUCUCACAAAGUUAUAUAAUUGCCGAGAAUAUGGUUGGAGAUUUGGAUUUCUUUAUUGGAGAAAAAUAUAAAAGAAGCUUUUCCGGAAACGAUAUUUCUAAAAUAUGUCUUUUAUCAAAUGGUAAUAUAAUAAUCCAAAAGAUCAAUGAACUAUUAAUGGUAGAUAGAGAAACUAAUGAAAUAUUAAAACGAAGUGAAAUCUAUGGUUUUAAAAAUAUGUGUAAUUUCCCUCAAACUGGAUUAUUAAUUCUUUUACAAAAUAAAGAAAUGUACUUAUACGAUUAUAACUUUCAAAGAGUACAAAAAAUGGAAUGCUAUCCAUACGUUUUGGGUAUUACUAACACUGGGUGUCUAUGCAUUCCCAAAGGAAUACCAGUGAAAGAGGCUAUGAUUUAUAAAUUUGAAUAAUUGUUAUUUUACUAUUUUACUGGAUAAUUAUUCAUUCGUAAGAAGAACUUUGGCAUUUUGUUUGUAUUUGAAAUUUAAAGGAUUAAAGUUAAUUAUCUAAUUACAUCAUCAAAAAAAUGUCAAAAUUAUCAUUAAAAAAUCAUUUAUUAUUGAUUAAUAAGGAAAAUAGUAAAAAAUUGAUUCAUUUAAGAACUAUAAAUGAUUUUAUCGGCUAUGGAAUAUGUAUGUCUGUACAAGGUUUCUACUAUUUCGCUUAUUUUUCAAUGAAAACUAAAACCAUAAUCUAUCAACCUUACUGUCAAAAUGAGGAAAUUAGAGAAAUUUCCUUCAACACUGAUAUAUCUGAUUUUACUGUAACAAGAAAUUAUAUUUAUGUUAAAAGUUAUCCAUUAAAUUUACUAUUGUAUGGUAAACUUUCGUACGGAACUUUAAUUCCAUUAAUAUCAAUGGAAUAUGUAAUAAAUAAACUAAUUACGGCAAUAGACAUAAACGACAUAAAUGAAAGAUAUUUGUUAAUAAUGAAGGAAUAUGAUAAUUUAUAUUUCUUUAAAAAUAAUCUACUUGUAUGGAGAAACAACGAUUUUAAUCAUAUUUGUAAUGCUUCUAUAUGUAGUAACGGAAAUGUAAUUGUAAUGCAAAGAGACUAUAAAUUAGUUAUAAUCGAUAGAAAUAAUGGUAUUAAAUUAAAUAAUAUUUGUUAUUAUUCUUUUAAUCAAAG